AUGGAAUCUCAAGCAACCCCAAAUAGACAAAACAAUCUUGAAACAGAGCAAAGCUGGAAUACUUACACAUUUCAAAACCUGCUCUUUUGUGACCCCAUGGACUGUAGUCUGACAGACUCCUCUGUCCAUGGGAUUAUCCAGAAAAGAAUACUGAAGUGGGUUGCAGUCCCUUCUCCAGGGGAUCUUCCCGACCCAGGGACUGAACCCAGGUCUCCUGUAUUGGAGGCAGAUUCUUUACCAGCUAAGCCGCCUGGGAAGACCCCAAAACCUGCUACAAACUACAGUAAUGAAGAGUGUUAA